AUGGUGGUAGCCUGUAAAGACGUCCUCGCGCUCGGCGCAGCAGUGGUAAUAGCAACAGCCAGACUCGCCGGCGCCGCCCCCCUCGACUACUUCCCUCUCAACUCCCAGCUACCUCCCGUGGCCCGGAUAUCCCAGGCAUUUGAAUUCACCUUCUCUCCCCUAACCUUCUAUUCUCCGUUCAACCUCACAUAUCGCCUCGAGAACGCCCCGGCAUGGCUUUCGAUAGACAGCUCCUCGCGCCGCCUGUACGGGACGCCGAGCGAUGAUGACAUCCCACCCGGUGAGGUGGUGGGGAUCCCCAUAGAGCUAGUCGCGGAGGACGAGACUGGCGCCACGACGACGAGUCCGACUAUUGUGGUGUCUAGGAACCCGCCGCCUACAGUCGCCAUACCCGUUUCAGAGCAGCUCCCCAAGUUUGGGACAUACAUAGCCCCUUCAUCACUACACCUUCACCCUUCGAGUCCCUUCUCUUUUAGUUUCGACGAGCACACAUUUCGCACCGGUAGUGGAGACGGUGGGCUUAAUUACUAUGCUGUGUCCGAUGAUAACGUGCCUCUUCCGUCAUGGAUAACCUUCGACGCCGGCACUCUUGCGUUUUCCGGCGAAACACCUCCAUUCGAGUCACUUAUCCAGCCCCCGCAAGCCUUUACUUUCCAGUUAGUUGCGUCGGACGUUGUCGGGUUCGCGUCCAUCUCAGUACCCUUCUCACUCGUAGUCGGUGUCCACGAACUGACGGCCGAGCCGCCAGUCAUCAGGCUCAAUGCAACGCAAGGAAAGCUGUUAAAGUAUGAUGGUCUACCGACUGUGCUUAAGCUUGACGGGGAGCCCCUGAAGGAGGAAAACAUUACAACUAUUGCAGCGCUCGACUUACCUUCUUGGCUAUCCUUUGAUAACGAGACGUGGGAGUUGAACGGUACACCAGACUCAAAUGCCGAGUCGACUAAUGUCACUAUAGCUGUCGUAGACCAGCACUUCGACGACCUGAACUUAACGGUCGCGAUCAGAUUCGGAAUAUUUCUUUCCGACCUACCUGACCUCGAUCUCACGGCUGGUGAUGACUUUUCGUUCGAUUUGAAGAAGUAUCUCUCGAGGCCCUCGGAUAUUCAGGUCACAAUAGAUGAUGAUCAGGAUGCGCCGUGGGCUCGGUUUAACUCGUCUUCCUUAAUUCUUUCAGGAACCGUGCCGGAGUCUUUCACAGCAAAAUCUCGAACCGCCCCAAGCAUUACUUUCCAGGCGACAUCGAAAAGUACCAACGAGACAGAAACUCAGGUCAUGAACAUACGUAUUGCCGCGUUACCGCCUACUGCUACACCUGAGCCGAACAACCCACCUCCGGAUUCUAGUAACGGUGACUGGAACAGGAAUUUACUAUGGCUACUUGUGAUACCAAUAUUUUUGGUAUUUAUUGGGAUCAUAGUCCUCCUCUUUUACGUCCGAAGGCGGCGACAGGGGCGUCAAGAACAUAAGAGAAUCAAUAUCCGGGAAGUAUCGGGACCUAUUCCAGGAAGCUUUAUGGCCAAUCAGUCAACUCUCGCUCCAGAUUCCGACCGCGAUUUCAGGAAGAUGAUGGAUUUAGGGGCAUCGCGGCCGUCUGAUGGUAGCGUGCCUGCGCGAGAUAGCCACGCUACCUCGGAUCGACACUCAUCCCGGAGUCCGAGCCUAACUGGGAGUAUGAUGCCUCAUGCUAUGAUGGCGAUGUAUUCGAGGGCGAGAUCUCCCAAGCAUAGCGUCAUUCUAGAAGCAAGUAGCUCUUCAUCUACGGGGCGGGAUGGCGAGCCGUCCCCUAGGAGGAUAGGAGAACCAGAAGAAGGUAGCCUGUUAUCGGAUACGAGUCUUGGGGAAGGGGAUGAGCAUAUUGCAGAAUCACAUUCGUAUGUCCUUACACAAAGACCUCAGGAAGAGAUAUCCCGGACUCUUCAAGUCCCGACAUAUUCAGAACCGUUCAGUAUACAGACCACGCCAGAGAUUGCUUAUAUAGCCGGCGGUAAAUACGACUCUAGCUCCGAGGAUGCAGUUCCGCCGCCAGUAGGUUACACCGCGCGGCGGAGAUCAGAGCAGCAGCAGCAGCAGCCGCGAGAUUCUGGGCUAAGCCUUCGCGGCGUCGGCAAAAGGCUGUCGAACUUAUGGAACAAACAAAGUACGAAUCAAACGCUCGACGAACGAAGACGUGAUAGCAUCGGUAGUAAUACCACAACCCAAACGACUCGCACCAGUAUCUUAACAUCUGGCGUAUCUGGGUUCUCCGCAGGAGCGGAAGAGGAGGCUAGAGCAAGCACGAACAUCGUCGCAAGGCCAACUAUAAUACAUAUACCCAGUAGACCAGGCGAGGUGCGGCAGCUGAGUAGAAGGAUAGACGGGUCCUCACCACUUUUCGGUGGUCGCUCGCUCACAAGAUCGCCGCGAAACUUUGGGCUAGCCCAAGGAUCACCGGAAUUUAGUAUAUUUGAGAACCCGGAACCGCCGCCGACUCUGGAAGGGUUCACAGAGCCUCGCGAUAGCGACUCAUCGUGGGAUCGGCAUGCGAGGGAUUCGCUAGGAAUCGCAUAUAAGGAUCUCAUUACCGAGCCAGCGCUAGCCCCUUCACAACGAGAGCCGUCGGAGGAGAUUGCUCAAGAAAACAACUGGAUCAUGCACGAUCUCUUGUCUCCGGGCCAAUGGCCACAGCAGCCCAACAUAGCUGUUAAUAUGGUAGGUAUAGCAAGAACCUCACCUGCAAAUAUCUCUAGCGAGCUGCCUCGCUUACCACCUCCAAUGGCAUAUGGGGCAUUUGGAAGCGAGGCCAAAGGUAGAGCAAUCGAGGAACGGCGUCCUUCGCAAGGCAUGAGCCAUAUCCUCUAUCACACGCCGUCGAUUGGCUCGAGAUCUGAUCAAACUUACACGUCCAGGGCUAUGACGUCUCAGACGCCAUCGCCGGAGAACGGGUGGGCGCCACCGAUGCGGCCUUUACCACAGACUCCCACGCGACCCAUUAGGGUCCCGUUAGGGGAUCGACCUAAUGAAAUAUUUUAUGGGGAGGGACAAGGCUCAAAGAAGAGCUGGAAGACAAUAAGGAGUAUGAAGAGUGCAAAAAGCAUGCAUAGCGUUUGGAUAAAUGAAGACGAUGACGACGAAGAUGCAUGGGAAGACAUCCGACCGCCAACGACUAUCGAUGGAUGGGAUGAUUAUGGUGAUAGUGAAGGGAGUUUUGCGGUCUAUAUAUAA